AUGCCGACAUCAGCAAUAAGUACGCCAAAGAAACUGACGACCAUCACAGUCAAGUGGGAGUGUGUUGAGGCAUUGGGCGUGAAGAUCAUGUCUGUCGAUGACGUCAUGGGGCGAACGGGCCGUAGUGCCAGCGCUGUGUACAAGUGGAUGCAUGAAAAACGAACGCUAGAGCAGCAUGUGGCGAGCGGUUUUGGACAACAAGUGCGAGUCGUGGUGCGGAAGCCCAACCGACGUAAGAAGCGGAGAUCCUUUUUCCGCGGCCCCCGUACACCGAAAGGAAACCUGGCUCACGUCGUUCAAUGGAUCAAGGUGCACCCUCCAGGCAGCUUAGAUAUAUCAAGCAUUGACGAGAAGUGCCACGAAGUCCCUGGCUUUGCUCAAAAGUCGGCUCAACCCAAGAAGAGCUUCGUUCGAGAACUUGUACGCCGCCAAGGCCUCCGCGACUUUGUGAACUUCGGCGUUAGCACUGCACCUGUUGAAGCCAAAAUUGU